AUGCGCAGUGCUACUUGCUCUCUCCUCAUUCUAUCUGUCAAAUCACUUUCUCCGCCUCUUUCUAUAACAGCCAAGGAUAACGAUGGCCUUAUUUCCAACCUCAAGAGAGCCGGAAUAAUCGAGUCUGACCGUAUCGAAAGGGCAAUGAAAUCGAUUGACCGAGGAAAAUACGUCCGCAAGGAUCCGUACAGAGACACGCCUCAAAUACUGGGGUUUAACGCUACUAUAUCCGCUCCAACCGUUCUUGAAGGAAGGAAUGAAAGUACUAAAAUUCAUCCUCAACUACUCGCUUUAAAUCUAGUUCUCGAUGUUGGAUCUGGAUCAGGGUACUUGACCGCGUGCUUUGCUGAAAUGGUUGGGACGAGUGGCAAAGUAGUCGGAAUAGAGCAUAUUCCUGAGCUCGUUCAACUUGGUGAACAGAACGUCCGCAAUGAUAGGCCAGAAUUUUUAGAUUCUAAGAGACUUAGUUUUGUCUUGGGUGAUGGCAGACAAGGAUAUCCUGACGAGGCUCCACAUGUCGGCGCCGCUGCUCCCACUACACCCAAGGCAUUGAUCGAUCAAUUGAAAGCUCCUGGACGGCUUUUUAUCCCUGUCGGAACAGACCAUCAAAGUAUCCAUCAGAUCGAUAAGGAUAAAGACGGCAACAUAACAGACAAAGACGUAAUGGGUGUUAUGUAUGUUCCACUUACCGAUGCAUCUAGCCAACUGCGGACGUUCUGA